AUGUGUAAUGAGAGAUGUGAAACUAGUUUAAAGAUCUACCUUAAUUUUAUGGUAUGUAUAGAAUAGAAAAAUUUUGAUCAAUUACGCCUUAAUGUAUGCAGACUAAUUUAUUUAGCUAUUUGACAAAGUAUUUUCAAUUGAAUAACUUACAUAAUAUUAUGAUGAUAUCAAAAAAAAUUAAAAGAACACUCUUAUCUAGCCGAAGCCAUCAGUUAUUGACCCUUUAAAAAAAAUAGAUAGGGAACUAAAUAAUGAACAACCCAGCUUUGAAAUAAAGAUUCCAUAAAUAACUAAUAAUCAUCGCAUAUUUAAUGGAUACUAAAAGGAAGACUAAAAUUACUUAUCGGAGAGAAGCAGAAUGAUCCUAGGAAGGGAAGAUCAAGUAAUUUCAGAGUUAUAUUAAUCAGAUAUUAUAAUUCCUCCUUAUAUUGGUUUAUUAGAAGAUAGCAUCAAAGCCGAAUCUGUAGUAAAUAGCAUCAGGAAUAUUUCAAUUAAUAGUUAAUAGCCUCUAUUUCAAAAGGAAUACAAAUUACCUACAACUAUUUAAUUUUUUCCUUAUAUACCUAAGGAUGGAUUUAGAUGCUUUGAAUGA